AGAGAAUCACCCAGUAAUGAUGUUAUUUUGUACGUUUGUUUCUGACUUUUGCUCAUUUCCCAUUCGUGUUAUAGAUAUCGAGACAGCGACAAAUACAGUAGGGACAGGAAUAUUAUUAAGCAAAUACGAUACACCUCAAUCUAUUCUCCAAGUGCAAUGACAGAUCAAUGGAUAAAGCUGUACGCCAACAAUCUCUUACACCGUCCUGAGAAUGGAGAAUACUUUCCGGGUGUUUCUUGAACGGUUCUCUCAAAUUUGGGGCCGUGGGUGAAGGUGCCGUGCGGACUGUACUAAUUUUGUGAUUGGUGAAGCAUUUGAAGAUGCACUCGAGUCCGUCAUUAGGUCAGAGAAUGGCUUUGCGCAGAAGGAAUAUCCUCCGGCUUGUUCUUGAAAUAAUUUAUAAAGCCAGGAGUACGGACCUACAGGAUCGGGUUAUUGAGGGAACAGAAGCUUGAUAAGUUUGACAUAAUAGAAGAAGCGAUUCAAGCAUGCUAUGACAUCAUUUCUGGGUCUUGUCAAGUAAGCAGAGAACUAAGUGGAGAGGGAGUGUCACACAUUGAUACAUACCUCUUUGCAAUUUGCAUUCCAUUCCUCUGGUUGGAAGCUUGAAGAUUGCAGAGGAUUUUUUUUAUGAUUGCAACUGCAAAAGAGACUGUAGUCUGAUUAUUGGUUUUAGACCAAGUGAAGAUGGGGGAUUCUUUUAUUUAAUAAAUUACAUCCAACCAACCAAGGUUUUGAUUACAAGAUUAAAAGUUGAAUUUUGCUGCUGCAAGGUGUCGAUUGUUAUGCUUUGAGUUGCAAUUUCUUAGGCAUCUUUCAUUGACCUAGAUUUGAGACCCUUUGAAGAAAAUGGAAGACUUAUUACGAGUUACACAAAAAGAUUGGGAGCUGCUACACUCGUAUGGUGAAAGCCGAUGAAGCCACAAGCAUGAAGGCUAAUUCUACUUACAGAGAUUCAACACAAUGCCUUGGAUGAUAAUUAUCUGACCGAAGAUUAUCACUGCUCAUCUUAACUAAUGUUUCAUCACGUUGUUGAGGCCGGCAGCCUUCCACAGAGCACAUUAUACUUAAGAAUCAGUUUGCCCGACACUAUAGAGCCUAUUCUCAUAGCAGGGCCCAAACUAAAUAAGGAAAAACAAAAUUUUCAAACUCAGGCUGAGCUGCAUUGGUAUCUUAAUCAGCUUAGUGGAAUGAUUGUGCAGUCCAAUUAUGUUGGCUGCAUCCAGGUGAUCAGUGAAAAGAAAACUGUAGUGUCAGUGGAACUGCUCUGUUCGAAGUGCAGUCAGAAGGUGAUGAAGUUAAUUGCAACAAUCGAAGGGAUAACUUCUAUAGUCGCUGACCCCUCAAAGAAAACGGUGACAGUAAUCGGGGAAGCCGAUCCAGUGAGGAUCAUCAAGAAGGUCCGAAAAUUCAGAAAAACUGCCACUGUGGUCAGUGUAGGUCCCCCCAAAGAGGAGCAAAAGGAUGAGAGGAAAGAUUCAGUUGUUCCUGAUAUUCCAAAGACAUGUCAGAAAUGUGACGUAUGGUAUGUGAUUGCUGAUGAUUAUUACAAUCGUUGUAGCAUUCUGUAACUCAGCAACUCACAUUUCAAGAAUCCUUUCAUUAUCAUUUCAUGCUGCAAGAUCUGUAGCUUUUAUUAUGAGGCAAAAAUAAUGAAAACCAUCUCUAAUGGUUCAUCCCCCCCAACAAAACCAAAAGCAAGAAGCGUGAAGUUGUCGUGUAAAUUUUAAACAAUUUACUGAAAUAUUCAUUGAAAUCGACAUUA